CCACCGAACGUGCAGCACCCCUAGCAGCGAUGCUCCUUACACCGAACCUCUAAUCCGAAAUCCCGCUCGCCGUCCUCUCGAUGCUCAGCUUCCGCACCACGGGCUACAACGGCUACGCCGUCAAGUACUCGCCCUUCUUCGACUCUCGCAUCGCCUGCGCCGCGUCGGCGAACUUUGGACUUGUGGGGAACGGCCGUCUCUACAUCCUUGCACUCACGCCACAAGGAAUCGUUGCUGAAAAAUGGUAUGACACGCAAGACUCCCUCUUCGACGUCGCCUUCAGCGAAUCCAACAGCAACCAGCUCGCCGUAGCCUCAGGCGACGGCAGCAUAAAGCUCUACGACGCGACUCUAAACGACUUCCCCGUGCAGCAAUGGCGCGAACACACGCGCGAAGUCUUCUCACUCUCGUGGAACCUCGUGGACAAGAACACCUUCGCGUCCAGCAGCUGGGAUGGCAACAUCAAGAUCUGGAACCCCAUGGCGCCGACGAGUCUGCGAACAAUCUACAUCGGCAGCUGCACAUACAGCGUUGCCUUCCAGCCGAGCUCGCCGACAGUGCUGAGCGCGGUCUCGAGCGACGGUUUCAUGCGCGUGUUUGACCUGCGCGCGCCCGAGCCCUCCGCGGAAAUCGCAAAGACGCGGGUGUCGCCGGGCGAGGUGCUCACGCAGGAUUGGAACAAGUACCGCCCGUCCGUCCUGGCCACUGCGGGCGUGGACCGCACCAUCCGCAUCUGGGAUCUGAAGAUGCCCGGGCAGGUGCAGACGCAGCUGGCGGGCCAUGAGUAUGCUGUCAGGAGAGUGGCGUGGAGCCCGCAUUGGCAGGAUGUCCUGCUCAGUGGCAGCUAUGAUAUGAGUGUCCGCGUUUGGUCGGAUGGGUCGGCGGACGGUGGGGUCGGCGGAAUGGCGGCGCCAACUGGUGCUGGGAAGAUGAUGGGGGUGAUGGAUCGGCAUACCGAGUUUGUGGCCGGCGUGGAUUGGUGUCUCUUUGGUGGGGAGGGUUGGGCUGCGAGUACCGGAUGGGAUGAGACCGUAUGGGUGUGGGACGUGGGCGGGACGAUCGGGAGUCGGUAACUGGCGGUAGAUUCUUUGUGGGUGCGGCGUUUUAGUGGCGUUUAUCUGUUGUUUUUCAGGCAGAAAGAAUAUAUCCGGACAUUUGGUUUCAGCGGAUGGGCGCUCGCGGAUUGGCUUUUAACGAUGCAGGGCAGACGUACGAAAAGGCAGUAAGGAUGUGUGCCAUGAUCUUUUGAAUCGAAUAUUCGGUCAUAGAGAUAUUUCGGACCGACUCAGCUCGACUCGGGUUGGUCAGUCUUGCUAAUGGUCGUCCAGUCGAAGAGACGGUCCUUUCUCUUUGGAUGGACUAAAACUUCGG